UGUAGCAGGUGUGUGCUCAAUCUACCGAGUCAUUUUGCAGAUAUUGGGACAAGCUAUCUCUUAUGGUCAUUAAUUCACCACCUCUCUUUCUCUUCUUAUUUCCUGUCUCUCCUGCUCCCCCUGCUAGAGUUUGUUCCAAUACAAAAAUGGCCAACCUUAGAAUAUGCAACUUAAUGUUGUUCAUCUUCUUUACUUCAAUUCUUUCAGCAUAUGCUGUACAAGGUCAAAAUCCACCACCACCUACUGCAACUUAUGGUACUGUUGCAGGAGCUAGAACUGAAGAAUUGGUAUUACUUCCUUUUCUGGGUAGCAGAGGAGCAGAUAUGAAGAGGAAUUCAAGGAGAGUGAUGAUUGGAUCAACAGCUCCUACUUGCACUUACAAUGAAUGUAGAGGAUGCAAAUACAAGUGCACAGCAGAACAAGUCCCAGUAGAAGGAAAUGACCCAAUCAAUAGUCCAUACCACUACAGAUGUGUUUGUCAUAGGUAAACCAAUUCAUAAGCCCAUUUGGUAUUUGUAAGUCGUUGAACUCAUCAUUUGAGCGUUGUUAGUCCAAUUUUCAUGCACUAGUACAAGAAGAUGGAGUUGCUAGUUUUUCUAUUGAGAGA